ACAAAUGUGGCAUCGAUAAGUAAAGGGAUGGGGAAAGUUCGCAUGAAAACGUUUAUGGUGUAGUUAUGAGACCCUUUAACUGACCGAAUGAUUUCUCGUUAAUAAUUAAGAGUGGAAAUAUGACUAUGUUUGAUUUUUCUUGCAACGAAGAGGCAUGCGAUCUCCCUGACUGGUUUGUGCCUAUCGCAUUUAACGGAAAAAGGCAUAAUGUUGAAGGCAGUAAUUCUGAUACGCACACAUGGAGAAUGAAGGACCGGAUGAAGACUGUCAGUGUGGCCUUAGUUUUAUGUUUAAAUGUGGGUGUUGAUCCACCAGAUAUUAUAAAAACUCAACCUUGUGCCAGAUUAGAGUGCUGGAUUGAUCCUUUGUCUCUUGUACCUCAGAAAGCUCUAGAUUCAAUUGCAGCUGCAUUACAAAAACAAUAUGAAAAAUGGCAGCCUAGAGCUAGGUAUAAACAUAGUCUUGAUCCUACAGUUGAUGAAGUAAAGCGGUUAUGUACCUCAUUGCGUCGAAAUGCCAAGGAUGAGCGUGUGUUGUUUCAUUAUAAUGGUCAUGGUGUGCCUAAACCUACAGCAAAUGGUGAAAUAUGGGUAUUUAAUAAGACAUAUACACAAUAUAUUCCACUUUCCAUAUAUGAUCUUCAGCAGUGGAUGGGUGCUCCUUCAAUUUAUGUAUAUGACUGUUCUUGUGCUGGACUCAUAGUUGAUUCUUUUGAAGUGUUUGCUAAGCAACAUGAAAGGGAAUUUGAACUUUUAAUAAAUAACAGCAAAACACCUUAUGAUGGACCACCUUUGCCGUCUUAUAGUUCAUGUAUUCAACUUGCUGCAUGCAGUGCAACACAGAUUUUACCCAUGAAUCCUGAUUUGCCUGCUGACCUUUUUACUUCGUGCCUUACUACACCUGUAAACAUAGCCCUAAAAUGGUUUGUUCUACAGAGUAAAAAUAAAUUAUUACCAGACAUCACUAUGGAUUUGAUAGAUCAAAUUCCUGGUCAGGUAUCAGACAGAAGAACAAUGUUAGGCGAAUUAAAUUGGAUUUUUACUGCUAUAACUGACACAAUAGCGUGGAAUGUUCUUCCUAAAGAAACAUUUCAGCGUCUUUUCCGUCAAGAUUUAUUGGUUGCUAGUCUAUUUAGAAAUUUUUUAUUAGCAGAGAGAAUAAUGAGGUAUUACAAUUGCACUCCAGUAUCAAGUCCACCUUUACCAUCAACCUACCACCAUCCUAUGUGGCAAGCAUGGGAUUUGGCUGUUGAUUUAUGUUUGGCACAACUACCCGGUAUUUUAGAAGACCCACUUCAUGUGAAUUAUUCAUAUAGUCCAUUUUUUUCUGAGCAGCUCACAGCAUUCCAAGUUUGGUUGUCAUCAGUACACAACCAUAAUAGUGUACCUGAACAGUUACCUAUUGUUCUUCAGGUUUUAUUAAGUCAGGUUCAUCGCUUGAGAGCUUUAGAACUUUUAGGGCGGUUUUUAGAUUUAGGACCUUGGGCUGUGAAUUUGGCUCUUUCUGUUGGUAUUUUUCCUUAUGUUUUAAAGCUUCUUCAGAGCUCUGCUAGAGAACUGAGACCUUUAUUAGUUUUUAUUUGGGCUAAAGUUUUAGCAGUAGACUGUACUUGCCAGAGUGAACUUGUUCGAGAUGGUGGGUUCAAGUACUUUCUUGGUGUUUUAGGCGAACAGUUCAUGCCAGCCGAGCAUCGUACAAUGGCUGCAUUUUGUGUAGCAUGUAUUGUACACAAUUAUAGACAGGGACAGGUUGCAGCAUUACAGAAUAAUGUUGUGGCCAUUUGCCUAGAGCAGUUAAAUGACCCAAGUGCAAAAUUAAGGCAGUGGGUUGCUAUUUGUUUAGGGGAGAUAUGGGCAAACUUUGAGCAAGCACGAUGGUGUGGAGUAAGAGAUAGUGCCCAUGAAAAGUUAGAAGUCCUACUCACUGAUCCAGAACCUGAAGUUCGAGCAGCAGCUGUCUAUGCUCUUGGAACUUUUCUAAACAGUACUACAGAAAGGACAGAUCAUGCAAAUGCCAUCGACCAUAGUAUUGGUAUGGUACUAAUUAAUAAAGUGGCUAAUGAUGGUAGUCCUCUUGUUAGAAUGGAAUUAGUUGUAGCUCUACAGUGGUUUUUGGUAAUAUUUGAAAAUCAGUUUGUUGCUGUUGGCUUUCAAUAUAUGGAUGAAGAAAAAGCAAAAGAAUCAUCUGCAAAUCAUUUACUUGCUCCUGGCGGAGAGGUUCCAUCACCUCUUGGCAUGCGGAAAGUUGCUUCUCGUGACCGCCUAAAAAUACCUCUUUCUGGAUCUCCAGGGUCUAAUACACUAGAUGUAAAUUAUGCCGGAGAUAGUAGUGCAAUGGCUUUGGAACGACUACGCAGAGUGAGCUCUAGCACGUCUAUUAGUAGCAUAGCAUCGAACGUUCACAGUCCUUAUACAACAAGUUCCAGCUUAGGAUAUGCAUCGGUUUUUGGAAACAUAUGGAAAACAUUAAUUUCUUUAUCCAGUGAUCCAUAUCCUGAUGUAGCAAAACUUGCUGAGCAACUCAUUAAUUAUAUAAAACAGAAGGUCAUUGAAGUUCAUAGACCUGACUCCGUAAAGAAUGGAAAAAUUCCCUCCAUGUCAGAGCCAUCCUCACCAUCUGGGAGACCGAGCUUUUUAGCGGGUGAAUCACCUCCUACUCGUGCUAAUGGACCAAUAACCCAUCAUGCUCAAGAAAACAGAUCAAGAUCUGCUAACAGGUGGUCUGAUGUUAAUGCUCCAUACCAGCAGUAUCAAUAUUUUGCUCAGUUUAACAGAAUACGAAAGACUUUUGAUAAGGGACCUGAGAUAAGAGAAAUAGGAGAGGACACAGAAGAUAACCAAGAACCAAAAAACCCUUUAAUAAAAACUCAGUAUGUUGCGUGGAGUUCACUAUAUUUCAGCCAGCCUGUGCUUAAAAUUGGAGAAACAGACAUUGAUAGUCCUGCUCAUUUGGAAAAGGAAUGGCUUUAUCUAAGAAAUGAAUGUAUGAGGAAAAGUGUGGUUGAAGAAGUUAAAAAGCUAGAGAAUGGAAGGUUUGAUGAGCAGAUAUUUAUCAACAAAAACCCGAAUCUUCCAGCAGCUCUGAAAUUUCACCCUUAUGAGUCUCAUAUGGUGGUUACUGAUAAGGAAUGUUACAGCAUAUGGGAUUGGGAAAAAGGCUAUUUAUUGCGGUCCAAUAGCUCUCAUAAUCUGCAGAAUGUUCGAAUAACAGCUUUAGACUUUAUUAAUACCCAUGAUGAUACCUUGCUAAUGAUUGGUUCUGAUGAUGGUGCUGUAAAAUUAUGGAAGAAUUAUGUUAGUGAAUCUGAUGUUAGACUUGUCACAGCCUUUCAAAUAAUACAAGAUCUGCUGCCUUCAACUAGAGGAUCUGGACUGGUUCUUCAAUGGGAACAACAUUCAUUACAAUUACUAGCUUCUGGUGAUGUGAGACACAUCAGAAUUUGGGAUGCUGAAAGAGAAUCUAAAGUUCAGGAUAUUCCUACUUCUGCAGACAGCUGUCUAACUUGUUUAUCUUCAAACCCAGAAUAUGCAAGUCUGGUAGUUGCUGGUUGUGGAGAUGGAACAGUCCGUGUAUAUGACAGAAGACUGCCACAUAAUGAAUGUGGUGUUCACAUUUUUCAAGAACAUUCUGGCUGGGUUGUAAAUGUUUUACUGCAAAACAAACAAAAUUCUAGCCAGAUUGUCAGUGGAAGUGUUGCUGGAGAUGUGAGGUUUUGGGACUUGAGACAUUCUACUAGUGUGAAAUCUAUCCCUCCUACACAUGGUAUGACAGCUAUGGCAAUCCACACAUCUCUAGAUUUAAUUGCAUGUGGUGCAGCAAGCCAGUUUAUUAGUGUAUUUAACCAGUCUGGAGAAAAUGUGAGCACUAUAAAGUAUCAUGAUGGUUUUAUGGGACACAGAAUCGGGCCAAUCAGUUGUUUAGCUUUCCAUCCGUAUAAAGCAAGCUUGGCAGCAGGAAGCACAGAUUCUCUUAUAUCUGUAUAUUCUGUAAAUAGAAAACAUUAAUGAAGACAAUCUUUUUAAAUUUCUGAGAGCUAGUCAAGCUUCAGCUUGCCCCCGCACUUCUGCAAGCUCAACCAUCGUGUCUUAAAAAUCAAACGCAACUGAACAUUUGAACCAUUGUUUGUACAGAUAUUUCAUUUUCAAACCUUGUUACAUUUAUCAUGUGCCAUUUCUUAAAUAUAAAUUAUUUAAACAUAAAGAGUGUUUUUAUUAUUUAUUUUACAUUUUGAAAAUUUGGAACGCAUGAAGUUUAUGAAUAAUGCACAGAAUAUGUGUAUCCAUGCUAGAAUAAUGAAUUUUAUGGAUAUUAUUCUAUUUACAGUAGUAAGAAGAGAAGCUUGCAAACUUUGAACUUGAAAAAUUUGGCAAGAUUUAACCAAGGAUUGAUGUUAAAAGAAAGCUUUGUGUUUCAACAAAAUCUAAUAUAGGACUGUCUUCUUCAAGGAGGAAAGAAAGCUAUUGAGUCAACCUUAACACCUAAACUGCUAUAGAAGAGAUGAAAUAAAAUAAGCAACCAAAGGCAAACUUGCUGCAGAGACUUUUCCAGCUUAAGAAUUCUUUUUAUCCUAAAGCCUUGGAUCAAGAAAAUAUUCCAGCUGCCCAAAGAUUGCAGUCUGUCCUUUGAAUCAAACUGCAAAGUCUAUCAAAUUAAGUUCAAAUUAUCAGAUUAUUUAUGCUUCAUUUUACAUGUAUCAUUUCAUAUGUAUCUACUUUUCAUUAAAUACUCACUGCUGUUGAUAUUUUGUAUAUGUAAGAAAAAUAAAGAAUAUGCAAA